AGAGAGCCCACUUGUACGGCUGGCAGAGGGGGAGUCAAGUCAGAGGUGGUCUGGCAAAGACCGAACAGGUGACGGAUCAUCAUAUCCCUGGCUUUAACGCCUCCUGUAGUUGCGCUUUUCUUCAGGAAGGAUUCAGAGGUGGGCAUCAGUGAGGGGGUUUAAGGAUCCAAGGCAUGGUGACAUCAGGAAGAUCAUUUAAACAGCUGUGGCAGCAGGUUGAGAAGAAAACGUGAUCUUUCUAACAAGUGUGGGAGGUGGAAGACAGGUUAAAAUCAUGGCAGUUGGGUGGAGACCAGCCACCCUUAUUUUUGUCUUCAUCCUGACAUUCCUCUGCCCCUUGGAUGGAACCAUGUACUUCUCUGGCCAGAGACUGAGUUCUCGACUUCAGAGGGAUCGCCGAAAUGUUCGUCCAAACAUCAUUCUCAUUCUUACUGAUGACCAGGACAUUGAACUCGGCUCAAUGCAGGCCAUGAACAAAACAAAGCGCAUAAUGAUGCAGGGCGGCACUCACUUCUCCAAUGCGUUUGCCACCACUCCAAUGUGCUGCCCUUCUCGAUCUUCCAUCCUGACUGGGAAAUAUGUGCACAACCACCAUACCUACACCAACAACGAGAACUGCUCAUCACCGUCCUGGCAGGCUCACCAUGAACCGCACACUUUUGCUGUCCACCUCAACAAUUCAGGCUAUAGGAUGGCCUUCUUUGGCAAGUACCUGAAUGAGUACAAUGGCUCUUAUGUGCCUCCUGGUUGGAGAGAAUGGGUAGCACUGGUGAAGAACUCUCGUUUCUACAACUACACACUGUGCCGGAACGGUAUCCGAGAAAAGCAUGGCACCGACUAUCCAAAGGACUAUCUCACUGAUGUAAUCACAAACGACAGCAUCAACUACUUUCGUAUGUCAAAGAAGAUGUACCCACACAGGCCUGUGAUGAUGGUCCUGAGCCACGCUGCCCCCCAUGGGCCAGAGGACGCAGCACCUCAGUACAGCAGCGCCUUCCCCAACGCAUCUCAACACAUAACCCCAAGCUACAACCAUGCCCCAAAUCCAGACAAGCACUGGAUCCUGCGGUACACGGGACCCAUGAAGCCUGUGCACAUGCAGUUCACCAAUAUGUUGCAGAGAAGGAGGCUGCAGACCCUGCUUUCAGUGGAUGACAGCGUCGAGAAGGUUUACAAUAUGUUGGUGGAAACCGAGGAGUUGGAUAACACCUACAUCAUUUACAUGUCUGAUCAUGGCUAUCACAUUGGUCAGUUUGGGUUGGUCAAGGGCAAAUCAAUGCCUUAUGAAUUUGACAUUCGAAUCCCCUUCUACCUGAGAGGGCCUAAUGUGGAUGCGGGUGCCAUUAAUGCUCACAUAGUCCUGAACAUUGACCUUGCCCCUACCUUACUGGACAUGGCCGGAGUGGAUAUUCCUUUGGACAUGGAUGGCAAGUCCAUCCUCAAGCUGUUAGAAAAAGAAAGACCGGUCAACAGUUUUACCAGGUUUCAUUCCUACAAGAAGGCGAAAGUGUGGCGGGAUUCGUUUCUUGUAGAGAGGGGGAAGCCUCUGCAUAAGCUAGCAGAUGGCAAAGAGGUGGAACAGAAUUCGCUGCCAAAGUAUCAGCGGGUCAGAGACCUGUGUCAAAGAGCUGAGUACCAGACGCCCUGUGAGCAACCAGGGCAGAAGUGGCAGUGUAUUGAGGAUCACACUGGCAUGCCGAGGCUGUAUAAAUGUAAAGGGAUGGCGGGUCUCUAUGCACCUCGUGCUUUGGGCCUGAUGGCUGCCAACGGGGGACAGAUCAAUGGAGCUCGUUCCGCAUCAUACCACUGUGAUUGUGAGCCCACUGUACCUGUCAAGAGGAAGAAGGCACUCACUAAAAAGAAGUUGAAGACCAAGAAGAGUUUGCCACGUAAUCGUUGGGCUCGCUCUAUUCCUUAUCACUUGGAUUCAAAUGUGUACACUCUGGAUCUGGAGAAAGGCUACCAGCCCCUCAACCUCAACUCCAGCCUUAUGCUAGGGAGAAAGCAGGCAGUGCAUGGAGAAAAUGUAGAAUAUAGCGGAAUGGGACCCACAGACAACAACUUCAACCCCCUCACGUCACCCGCUGCUCUUAAAGUCACCUACAGAUGCUCAAUACUGAUGAACGACACAGUCAGGUGUGAUGGUGGAUUAUAUAAAUCUCUACAAGCAUGGAAAGAUCACAAACUACACAUUGAGCAUGAGAUUGAGACACUGCAGACCAAAAUAAAGAACCUCAGAGAGGUCAAAGGACAUCUAAAGCAGGUUCGACCAACAGAGUGUGAAUGCAACCAAAACACGUAUCAGUACAAGAAUAGGGGACUGUUCAAACUCAAAUCAGGCCAGAUGCAUUCUGUCAAUAAAAUGACCUCCAAAGAUAAGAAACAGUGGCUGAUGAAAGAGCAGAAACGCAGGAAGAAGCUGAGGAAGCUCCUGAAGCGCCUCCGUAAUAAUGACACUUGCAGCAUGCCUGGCCUCACCUGCUUCACCCAUGACAACCAGCACUGGCAGACCGCCCCCUUCUGGACAAUGGGGCCAUUUUGUGCUUGCACCAGUGCCAACAAUAACACUUACUGGUGUCUGAGGACUAUCAAUGAGACACAUAACUUCCUAUUUUGUGAGUUUGCAACUGGCUUCCUAGAGUAUUUUAAUCUGAACACAGACCCUUAUCAGCUGAUAAAUGCCGUGAGCACAGUUGAUCGUGAUGCAGUGAAUCACAUGCACCAGCAGCUCAUGAAACUGCGCAGCUGCAAAGGUCACAAAGAGUGCAAUCAGGAGACAGGUGGUAAAGAAAGAAAUUCUUUGUACGAUUACAGGCCUCUUCAUCGUCGAAAGAGGCCAAAAGUGAAGAAACCGUCCUCCAAAUCAAUGGGCCAAAUUUGGGAAGGAUGGGUAGGUUAGAUCUGUCUCUACUAUCCACUGUGAAGGAUGCGCAGAGGUGAGGAAUGUGAACCAAUGAACUCCUGACCCGAGGACAGCAAAGUAAACUCUGCAAACGUCCAGCUAUAAUGAAGUGUGGAAUCGGAGAUAGUGUGGUCAUCUCAUUUCCUCUCUUGGUGCAGUUCAUUAAUUUUUCUAUUUCCAUUUUUUUGAUUCACUACAUUUUUUGUGAACUUUUUAAUGAAAAACUUCCAUCAUAGAAACUUUUUAUCAUAAUGAACUUCUGGUGUGGAUUUUUUUUUUUUAAUGAGCCAGUCUCUGUCCAGUCAAGCACAUAACAUUUUGUGGCUAAGAUCGAUCACCUUCACUGCUCUCAAAAGACAAGAAAAAAGACAAUCUAUUUUUCAAUAAACACACUACUUCUUUAUCAUUCCUUUAAGACUGUGGGACUCUGAUACUGUGUUAAUCACAGGGCGGGUGUGCUCUGACUUCUCUGCUGCUGUGGAUAUUGUAAUAUUACUCUCAAAGUGAAAAUCCCAAGGAAACGUCAUAAUACUUUACACAUGCUGUGCUAUAAUGAUGUUAAUGUCAACUGCAACCUAUGUGAUUCUCUUCAUGGAAAUGUUGCUUUUUGAAACAGUGCUACUGUAAGUAAGUUAACACUUGGAACUGAAUGCUGCAUAGUAUGUAUUUAAAUGUAUGUGCAAUUAAUGUAAAAAUUAGAAUAUUUUUUACCAGACUGAACAUACAGGAGUUUCUUUUCGUGAAAGGAGAGCACCCUCAGUUUAACCAAGGUUUUACAUUUGU